AUGAAUAAUGAAAUAAAUAAGCAAUCGCAUUCACGAAGCAAUGCAACAAUAUCAACAUGGAGCAUUAAACACAGACGCAAUGUGACUGAGUUAUUUAUUCCUGCAAAAUAUUUUAAAGUUGUAAUGAUGAGUAAUUCAAAAAGCAAUAAACUGCGAGUUUACGACACUACGAUCAUUGUUAAAUCUCACGUCGUUAAGAGAAGCUAUGCUGACGACUGUGACCAAGAGAAUAAAGCAAGAUGUCAUAAUUUAUGUCUUUUGUUUUGGGUUGAAAGAAAAAGGGAUCGACAUUUUUGCAUUAAUUUGUUGGGUGUUGUUAUCGUGACACAAAGAUUGCUGGAAUGUCUUAAUGUAGGGAUAAAGAUUUAA